GGGUCCUCCGCCGCGAGGCCCCCGGCGCCAAGAUGGCCGCGCCCGGCAGGAGCUGAGAGCCAGCGGCAGCUGCCAUGGGCUCCCUGAGCAGAGCAGCUCCGGUGUGGGUGCCCCUGGCCAGGAGGGCCAGUGGGGUGUCCCGAGGUGUCCGGAACCCUGGCCCAGGUCCCCCGCCCGCGGACCCCGAGCCUGCGCUGGAGCUGCUGGGCUGCUCGUACCCACGGGACGGCCUCAGCAACGUGCCCCGCCGGGUGCUGGCGUGCGUAGGCCGGCACCUGCACCUGCAGCCCCACCACCCGCUGUGGCUGCUGAAGGAGCGCGUGAAGGCCCACUUCGACCGGCACCACACGGCCCGCGCCGGGGCCCCUCUCUUCUCCCUGCAUGACAACCUCAGCCCCGUGGUCACGCCCUGGCAGAACUUCGACAGCCUCCUGGUGCCCCCCGACCACCCCAGCCGCCAGCCGGGCCACAGCUACUACCUGAAUUCGGACCACAUGCUGCGUGCCCACACGUCCGCACACCAGUGGGACCUGCUGCGUGCAGGCCUGGAUGCCUUCCUAGUGGCGGGCGACGUGUACCGGCGUGACCAGAUCGACGCCCACCACUACCCUGUCUUCCACCAGCUGGAGGGCGUGCGCCUCUUUUCCCGGCACCAGCUGUUUGCUGGUGUCCAGGAUGGGGAGAGCCUGCGGCUGUUCGAGCAGAGUGUCCGCUCACCCGAGAAGCAGGAGGCACACACCAUGGAGGCCACCAAGCUGGUGGAGUUCGACCUGAAGCAGACGCUCACCCGGCUGAUGGCGGAUCUCUUUGGAGCCGGACUGGACGUCAGGUGGGUGGACUGCUACUUCCCCUUCACGCACCCCUCCUUUGAGAUGGAGAUCAACUUCCAUGGAGAGUGGCUGGAGGUCCUGGGCUGCGGUGUGAUGGAGCAGAAGCUGGUCGAUUCGGCUGGUGCCCAGGACCGGGUCGGCUGGGCUUUCGGCCUGGGGCUGGAGCGGCUGGCCAUGAUCCUCUACGACAUCCCGGACAUCCGCCUCUUCUGGAGCCAGGACGAGCGAUUCCUGAAGCAGUUCCACGUGGCACACAUCGACCAGGCGGUCAAGUUCCAGCCCCUCAGCAAGUACCCGGCCCUGGUCAACGACAUCUCCUUCUGGCUGCCCACGGGGAGCUACUCCGAGAACGACUUCUACGACCUGGUGCGCAGUGUCGGGGGAGACCUCGUGGAGAAGGUGGACCUGAUCGACACGUUCCAGCACCCAAAGACACUCCGGACCAGCCACUGCUACCGGAUCACCUACCGCCACAUGGAGCGGACACUGACGCAGCAGGAGGCCGGCCGUGUGCACCGCGCCCUGCAGGAGGCGGCCGUGCGGGUGCUCGGCGUGCAGGGCCGCUUCUGACCCCCGCCCGCCUGGGCCAGCCUGCACUGCACACCUGGGGGUCC